AUGGUGCGGUGCAGCAACAGUCUCGUGGGGGUGCUCAACUUUUUGACAUUCCUGCUGUCGAUCCCGAUCUUGGGGGCGGGGAUAUGGCUGAGCACGAGGGGAACCAGCGAGUGCGAGCGGUUCCUUGAGAAGCCAGUGAUUGCGCUGGGGGUCUUCCUCAUGGUGGUGUCCCUCGCGGGGCUGAUUGGGGCGUGCUGCGGCGUGACCUGGCUGCUGUGGAUUUACCUCUUCGUUAUGUUCCUUCUCAUCGUUCUGGUCUUCUGUUUCACCAUCUUCGCCUUCGUCGUGACUAACAAGGGAGCGGGCCAAGUGGUCUCUGGGAGGGGAUUUAAAGAAUAUCGGCUCGGGGACUACUCCAACUGGCUGCAGAAGCGGGUCACCAACACUAAGAACUGGAACAAGAUCAAGAGCUGCCUCGUGGACGGCAAGGUGUGCCAGACCCUGCAAGCUAAAAAGGAAGCCUUGGCCUUGUUUAACCAAGAAAAUCUCUCUUCCAUCCAGGUAUAUAACCGUGCCUUGUGGCUUCAUCCUAUAGAUGACUGCUUGCUUUUACGUGAUUUGGAAAUCAGAUGUCAUUCCUAUGCGAUUUGAUGAUGAUGACGACGAUUGCUUUUACAUUAAUUGAUUUUUUAAUUCGUCUGAUUUAUAUGCCUUUUCCUUCAAAAGAAUUUAUCUGAAUAAUCCUUAAGAAGGCUUUCCUUUACUGGACCUCGUAUUUAACAAUGGAAAGAAACAUAUAUCUCGAGCUUUUCUAGUUCUUGUGAAAUUUAGUUUGGUGUUUUAAUGCUUAUGCGCCAUAUGUCUUGCUCAUGUUUCCCAAAAUCUACACGGGCUUUGUAUGAUGAUCUUAUUGACUCUUACCCGUUACUUCCUGAAUGUUCUUGGUGGAUUUUUCUUUUUGGUUUUAGAUCUUGUUUUGAUCUUUACUUUUUCCUUUAGUUGCUUGGUGUCUACAAUUCUAUCAACUCUUUCGACGUGCUGUAAGUUGAGUGGGGUUAUUUUUCUGAGUCCCUUUUUUCAGCCUAGUUUCUCGACGGUGAUCACCAGAAAGCAUUUCCUCGAACCCUUUUAGGUUUAAUGCUGCAAUAUGAGAUUCUUCACGAUUAUUCCUUUGUGCAAGACCAUCCUUCUUCAUCCCCGAGAUCAGAAUCUGGUUUCUUUGUUCUGUAUCGGCAGAAGCCGAGUCCUUUCUGCAAUUUUCAUGUCAGGCCAUCAUCAGGAGGAAAAUCCUCACUUUAUUUUACUCUCCUAUUCUACCUAUUUUUCCCAAAUUUUCAUGUGUCGCAGAUGUCUCACCUUCCAUUUAUUCUGCUAGUAGUUCUUCUGUGACUGUUUGUGUACGUAUAUAGAAAUUUGAGUCCAAUUGGUCUGUCAGACUCAGGUUUGUGUAGGAUAGGGGGCGAGAUUUUGAUGCCAAGGAGAAGGGUUUUGUGAGCCUAAACUACAAAGAAAAUCUACCUCUUGAAAGAUACAUUUCAUACCCCCCCCCCAAAAAAAAAAAAAAAAAUCAUUUUCUCCGCUCGUGCUCGUCAGAUAUUGACUCGGUCGAUUCUCAGCCAUCUCCUAUAGGGCAGCACUCAUAUCAUCUGAAGCAUUAAGAUUUUAGAUGAAGAUCAUACAAAAUACUUGAUCCUCUUCAACCAUCUGAAGGAUUCAUAGCACCAAAGCCAUGCCGCCAAUCAAAUUCCCAUCUGGGCAUCAAAGUAUAUGCAUAUAUAGAUAUGAUUCUGGCCCCUCGCUCGUUGGGUUUGCAGAAUCGAAAAGUGGUGAUUAUGGUGUUGCAGAGAAGAGCGGAGGAGAGCUUUCUGGUGAAUAAUGGUGAUUUGUUUUGUGCAGUCUGGAUGCUGCAAGCCUCCGAUCGAGUGUGGCUUAGUCUACGUGAGCCCGACCGAGUGGACUGGAAUCUCCAAUUCCAACAACUCCGACUGCACAACCUGGAGCAACAGCGCGAACGCUCUCUGUUACGACUGCAACUCCUGCAAGGCCGGCUUCCUCGCCAACAUAAAGAGGGACUGGAAGAAGGUCGCCGUCGUCAACAUCAUCUUCCUCAUCAUCCUCAUCAUCGUCUACUCCAUCGGAUGCUGCGCCUUCAGGAACAACCGGGCGGAAAAAGCCCACAGCGACCCGAGGUGGAGGCCGUAG